CUCACGAGUACCAAAUAAUUAUCCCAACACCUUUUUGUACCGAAGAUACCUUGCCACGCAUUUCGUGAAGGAACAUGGCGCAAGGCCUAUUGAAGAAAGCGUCCAAGCCGACCACCAAAUCCUCCACUGGCAUCACAAAGAAAGGAUCACGAACCUUCGCGCCGAAAAAGGCCAAAUUGGUCAAGCAAGCCAAGAUCAAUAAGAAAUAUACGGCUGGUCUGACGGCGCAGACGGAGGCCAUGCUGGGCGAGCGUGUCGGACACCUUGAGAUGCUGGGUCACGGGCGAAAAAAGUCUGGGGGUGCGGAUAAAGGCAAGAGUGGUGGCGGCGGGGGAGGGAAGAAGAGUGGGAAGAAAUCGUGAAGAUGGACAUUGAGUCCACAUUCGAAGGGCUCUCUGUCAUUGGAACAGUCGACACACGAAGCAAGUGCAGAAAGACACACAACUCUUCAGCCACAGCACGAUUCGUUUCCUGACUACGUCGAGCCUGGCUUCAGUCCUAUGAGACGAAAUCGCCAGGAGGGGCCGCUCGCAAGCCACACGAUAAGCAGCCACGCUGAAAACGCUGG